AUGGCAUUGAUGCUGCGCACUGCCCUGGGCACUCGAGGCGGAGAAGCGCCGGUGUUGACCAUGACCUUCCACGCCCACUCGGGGGCCAUCCGGAGCUUCUCUCAGCUCAGCUUCAAGCCGCAGGAGAAGGAGAUGCGCUUCGUCGAGAUAUUCGAUAUGUGCCACGCAAUGACCUACACCAUGAUGGACGCCCACGGCCGUCACUCCAGCGACAAGGUCGACUCAGACGUCGUCCAGGCCUGGCUGAGAACUGGGCUGCCGCCAGAUCGCCUCACGCUGGGCAUGCCCUUCUUCGGAGUGAAGAAUGGCGCAACACCCAUCUCCUUUUCGGACAUCGUCUACAAGGAGACGGCGUUGCUGGGGGACCCUGCGCGCGACAAGUCUGAGGAUGGCUUCUUCUUCGUGAACGUGGCCAGUGCAAAGAAGAAGUUAGCUUCGCGGAGGACCAGGGCUUGGCCGGGAUCAUGA